CGAGUCAGAUAGUCAGAUGGUAUGAUAGAAGGGGAUCUUCGGGGAGUUUGGGGUUCUCCCGCGGAGCAUUUCGUCAGACUGCGUCAGACAAUGAAAUUGGAGUAGUUGGAGUAGUUGGACGGUCGUCGUUGAUCGAGGAUCGAGCAUGUGUUGUGAUUUUUAAUUGCUUUCUAAUUAAGUUCGGAAUUGUUGAUCUUCCUGGCUUCCUGGAAACGAUUCAGCGCCGCGCGACAACGUGGUCGCCAUUCUACAGUUUAACAUCAGCGAUUGAUUUGUACAAAACAAUGGAGGCGAAAUUUACUCCAGAAAAUGAGAAGACUGGGUUUACACCGAGAGCAUAUCAAAUAGAUCUGUAUGAAAGGGCAACGAGAAAUAACACGAUACUAUACCUGCCAACUGGCGCGGGCAAGACAUACAUAGCUGUUAUGCUCUUGAAACAUCUAAGCGGUGAUGUGCGCAGACCUUAUCGGGAAGGUGGAAAACGUAGUAUAUUCGUUGUAAACACAGUAGCACUGGUAGUGCAACAAGCGGAUUAUAUAAGUAGGCACACGGGCCUAAAAUGUAAAGGUUACAGCGGAGACAUGAAGGUGGACUUUUGGCAGGAGCAACAAUGGUCGGCCGAAAUAGAAGAACACGAGGUUUUGGUAAUGACGUCGCAAAUCUUUCUGGAUAUCCUCGGGCACGGACGCAUGAAGUUAGAUAGAGUAAACUUAAUCAUAUUUGACGAGUGCCACAGAGCUGUAUCUAAUCAUCCAAUGAGACUAAUUAUGCAACGAUUUGAAGAUUGCUCUAAGGAAAAGCAUCCACGUAUCUUAGCUAUGUCGGCAACAUUACUGAACGCCAAUGUAAAAGCAGAUAAAAUUGAAUCUACGAUUAAGGCUUUAGAAAUAACAUUCCAUGCAAAGAUAGCAACUGUAGGUUCAACAGAUUGUAUCCAAGGAUAUUGUACAAACCCGAAAGAAAAUAUCGUCAAAUACACAAAAUGUAUAAUUCCACAGAUAACUUUAAUGAAAAAGAUAACUUGUAUUAUAGAAACAACUUCAGAAAUUCUAGAAAAUGUAAAGAUUGAAUUCGAUGAAAUAUAUAAUGAAUCCAGCGUGAAAAUGCGGCCUAAAUCUAAAUCUUCCAAGUUAGAAGCUAUUUUGAAAGACAUAGAAACCACUACAUUACUUACCGGCAUAUAUGGUGGAAAUAAGUCCGCUUUGUUACAUUUAAUCCAGCUAGAGAGUUUAAGGAAAUACUGCAGCGACCAAACGACAGAGAUUCUUCUGGAUUAUCUAAUUACUCAAGUAAUACUAAUAAGGAAACUGUUUGAUAACGAGAUGAAAGAUCUCACAGAAUUAGAACGAUUGUACAAAUUUUCAUCCGACCAAGUCCUUAAAUUACUUGAGAUAUUGUUGGAUAAUGAUAAAUUGAACAAACAAAAGUUCUGCUGCAUUAUUUUUGUCAAGGAAAGAUUUAUGACACAAGUGAUAUAUCAUAUAUUAAAAACAUUAUCUGCGCACGAUAAGCAAUACAGUUUCCUUUCGCCCGAUUACGUACUUGGAUUUCAGAAUAAUCCUUACAAACAUAGUAGAGAAGUUUCAUGUAUUGCGAAAUGGAAUAAGGAAGUGUUGCAAAGCUUUAAAAGAGGUACGACAAAUUGCAUUGUAGCGACCGAUGUUGUUGAUGAAGGUAUCGAUAUACCAACUUGCACAUUGAUAAUACGAUAUGAUAUGCCAAUGGAUUUUAGAGCAUAUGUUCAAAGUAAGGGUCGGGCACGCCACAAUUCGAGUAAUUAUGUAAUCUUAAUGCCGAAAGUGGAUUGCGGUUUUCUUCAGAGAUAUUAUGAGUACAAAAAAACAGAGUUGCAAUUGAAAGGGAUUUUGGUGGGACAAACCGAACAGCGUACGCUACCUACUCAAAACGAUAUUAUAAACGAUCUGUAUACUGAUUGUGAGAUCCCGCCGUAUACAGUGAAACGUAAUGGUGUUGUGGAAAGUUGCCUAACAGAAAUGGGUGCGAUUAGCUUGAUAAAUAUGUAUUGCACUGCUCUACUGAAAUCUAAAUUUAUUUGUCUGGUUCCGGUUUGGAAAUUGUAUGAAAAGGAUAGUCUUCGGGCGAAAUUGUUUCAAGUUUCUCUCAAAUUACCAAACUUAUCACCACUAAAAGUUGAAAUUUAUGGUGAUUUUAAGGAAAGUAUAGAUAGUGCUAAACGAUCCGCUGCUAUGAAAAGUUGCAUAAGAUUGCACGAACUAGGUGCAUUGAACGACAAGCUAUUACCUGCAACCGACGAUGAAAUCACACAAAAUUUGGAUUACUUGUUCCCAAAUUGGAUAGAUGAAGACAAUUAUCAAUCUGGCACAUAUAAAAGAAAGCGAGAACAUAAAUUAGAACAUCCGCUUGCGUUUUAUGGUGCGUAUCCACAGCCUUUUCAGCCAUUGUAUCUUCAUAUUCUUGAUUGUACCUCUACGUAUCCUGUGACGGGCUAUGAUAAUAGACGUGUAGUUUUUUAUAAUUUGCUUAAUGACAAGAAUGGCUUUGGUAUUCUUUCCACAAAGAGUUUGCCAAAGAUACCCUCGUUUCCGAUUUUCAUGAAGGAUGGUAAAUUAAAUGUCGAUGUAAAAUCCAAUCCCACAACGAUAAUGUUGAGCGAAAGUGAUAUCCAAUUGCUUAAGAGAUUUCAUUUCUUAUUGUUCAAUGAUAUUAUUCCUGUGAUUAAAAGCUUUAUGAUUUUCGAUAACGAUGAUCUUGAAAAUUCCUUCUUAAUUGUUCCAUUGAAUGAUACGCAGGAGAUAAAUUGGAACGCUGUUGAAACGUAUCAACAUAUAGAACGAAUUAUGCCGGAUAAGCCUUUUCAUUUUAAGACUAGCGAUUACGAGUUAGCACUGGUUACCCCAACGUAUAGAGGAUCAGCAGUCUAUGUAGUUACGCGAGUGUGUGAUGAUCUCACACCUGAAUCAUGUUUUCCCAAUGAGGAUUUUGAGACAUUCACGCAUUAUUAUAAAGAAAAACAUGGACUGACUAUAGAAAAUCUGCAGCAAUCUAUGUUGGAGGUGAAACCAAUACCAAUCAAAAUUAACUACAUAAAACCGAGAAAAUUGCCCGAAGGUCCGGUGAAAUAUAAGAAAACGGACGACACACUGGAAGAUCUUCAGGAACAUCUAAUUCCUGAACUGUGUUGGAGGAUAAAUUUCCCGGCUGUAUAUUGGUUAAAAGCGACCACGUUGCCUUCUAUUCUUCACAGAAUUUGUCAAUUCUUAAUCGCGGAAGACUUGAGAGUAACUAUUGCAAGAGAGACUGAAUUAGGUACGAUGACAUUAAAGAAAUUACCUCCCUUAGAAAUAGAGGAAGAUGUCGCUAAAUUGAAUGAAGAGGAUUAUAGUAAUGGAUUGGAAUUGACGGAUGAUUCGAUUGAGAAAACGCAAUUGGAUCAAACGUAUUCAGAUUUAAAUAUGUUCGAAUUAGAUUGUAACCCCUUCUUGAGGGACCAGGAACCUCGUGAUUUAUAUCGCGAUAUAGACCAAAUUCAAAUGAUCGAUAUUCAGUAUUAUAAUCAGUUUAUGUCUAACUCAAACUAUAAUGAAGAUGACAGCGUCAAGAAAAAUACGAAUAAAAGUGUCGGUCACUACAUAGAAAGGUCAAUGAUAUCAGCACCAUCGUUAAAUGUUCUUGCGUCCUCUGAUAGACAGUCUCCCUCACAAGGUCCUAAUUCAACAGAAAUCAUGCAUGCGCUGACCACCAAACUGGGCCUAGAUAUGUUCAAUCUAGAGCGGUUGGAAACUUUAGGUGAUUCCUAUCUAAAGUUCAUUGUAUCGCUGUUUUUAUAUCAAAAAUUCCCAACGUUCAGCGAAGGUCAAUUGACGGCGGUGAAGGGAAAGAUUAUUGGCAAUCGGAAUCUCUAUUAUUGCGGCAGUAAAAAGGGUAUUCCCGGUCGUAUAAAGAACGAUGCGUUUGUGCCCACGAGCAAUUUUAUCCCGCCCGCGUUCACGGUGCUGCGGCCAUUGCAAACGAUAUUACUGAAGGAAUCAGUGGCACCAAAUGUAUUGUACGAAUUUCAAAUACCGGAAUUCGAGAGGUACACCGGAUACAUAAGCGAAGAUACAAAAUUUGUGAUGCAGCAGACGGUGAUAAACUGGGAUAAGGGGGAUAAGCAAACGGGUGUCGAACAUUAUCUCGGUGUACAAAUCUUAUCCGAUAAAACCGUGGCGGAUUCGGUAGAAGCGUUGAUUGGCGUUUAUCUCAGAAGUAACGGUAUAAAAGGCGCCGCAAAACUGCUCAAAUGGUUCGGUAUACUGCCUGAUAUUGACAAUAGGAUUGAGAUUGACAAAUUACUGGAUAAUAAUCCACCUGAUCCUGUAAUUGGUAGUGGCGAUCCGAACCACCACAUGCCGUGGGCUGAUACUAUAGAAGCCAAGUUUGGCUAUAAAUUUAAGAAUCGAGCAUUUCUGUUACAGGCAUUCACGCAUCCAUCCUAUACACCGAAUGCAAUAACCGAGUGUUAUCAAAGAUUAGAAUUUCUCGGAGAUGCUAUUCUUGAUUUUUUGAUAACGUGUCACAUUUACGAAAAUUGUGGAAAUUUAAGUCCUGGUGAUCUUACCGAUCUGAGAUCUGCGCUCGUCAAUAACAUAACGUUCGCCUGCUUGGCAGUGCGGUAUGGUUUGCAUACCGCUUUAUUGGCCUACGCUCCCAUGUUGCACGAAAUGAUUGAUCGUUUUGUGAAGUUCCAAGAGGAACGAGACUAUGCAAUUAAUGACGAGCUGUUAUGCGUGCUGAUCGAAGAAGACGAGUGUAAUCUGACAGAAUAUAUUGACGUUCCAAAGACUCUCGGAGAUUUAUUCGAAUCUUUAAUCGGUGCUAUUUAUCUUGACAGUGGCAAAAGUCUUACAAAAGUCUGGGAAAUUAUCCAUUCUCUUAUGCACAAAGAGAUCGAUGAAUUUAGCAAAAAUAUUCCUAAACAGCCGGUACGAGUAAUACAUGAAAAUACAGAUAUACGUCCUAAGUUCCUAGAAGCGACAUUGAUUAAAGGCACUGGCAUGGUUAUGAUACCUUUGAAGAUCACUAUCGGUGGUAAGGAGAAACUCUUCCAUGGUUUCGGUGUUAAUAAGAAACAGGCUAAAUGCGCAGCCGCAAAACAAGCAUUAAAAAGACUGCAACUCGAAAAAUAAGUUCUUCUAGAGAUUAAUUGUUUUAUAUAACAUUGUUUACGUGCAUGUUUAUGAAUAUGUAGAGAUUAAUGAACAUCGAAACUGUUAUUAUUUCGUAAGUUCUAUAAAUACAAUAAGACUUCGAUGCUUGACUGCAAGUGUCCGGGUUAUAACUGAUACAUCAGAUUGAUGCAAAAAGUCCAUAGUUUUGGAUAAAAACAUCAAAGCUAAUUUGUGAAAGUUAUAUAUAUUUUAUGUCCAAUUUUUGGACAUAAAAUGAUUAAUUGUAUUGAUUUUUAACUUCUCUGUUAAAUUUAUAGAUAUUAAUGUUUCUGCAGCUCGUUAAAUUCCAUUUUUAUACACAUAGGGUGAGUUCCAAAAUGUGCUGAGACACCUAUAUUAAAAAUAUAUAGUAUAAACUUAUCUUUUUUCAAUAUGAAGGGCAAGGAAACAGGAUGUUUGUGUUAAAUUCUUUUUCUUUCUGCGUCAAUCCGAUGAUAGAUACAAGAUCCGAUAUAAAUUUAGGUAAAUGUUGUACAUAUGUCAAGGUCAAGGUCAUCGGAGGUCAGGCCCUAAUUGUAAACAUUUACCUAAAUUUAUUUUAU